UUGCAGCUUGCAACCUAUCUAACUAGCUAGUUUUCGUCCCUCGCUCUAAGCAGCCCCAGAAAUGGUUGUUGGGAUUUGCAGUGUACCUGAGAUGAUUUCUCCGAAGAAGCGGUGCUCAGAGGGGUCGCCGAAUGGGCUGCGGACUCCCAAGCGCUGUCGUGAGGAGGCAUCAAUGGACGCGCACGAAUCCUUAGAAACGACGGAGCCCAUACCAGCGGUUGUAAUGUUAGGGGAAAAUGGUGGCAUAUGGCACGUUGAUGGCUUGCUGGAACUUCUCGCCGGUGCAUUAUGCGCGACGCUAGGAGCCGACCCUGCUUCGCUGCAGCUAGCUUGCUCCGCUGAAAACGGCAGCGAUGACGCUUGCAACAACACACAUUGCUGCGCUCAACCCGACCAGCAGCUGCCUCCUAACCAUCACGACGACCAACAGCACCAAGGCCUCACGCGUCCACCUCAUCCACAGCCCCACCACCAAGACCAGGAGCCACAUCCUCCCUCCACGGCUCCCUCCCCCCAGCCCUGGCCGCUGCACACGGGCCUUACGGAGGGCAACCUUCAGGCGCACACCGCCGCGGCGCAGCUGCUGCCAGCUUCCUCGCAGUGCCUGCUGGGCCUCGAUGAUGACGACAACUCCUCCGUUGUGUCGCUGUCGGCCUGGAUGGCAGGCGCGCAGACCCCGAGGCAGGGGCGCAGCGGCAGCGAUGCCGGCUCCCUGCAUGCCCCCUUUAGCACCUCCACCGCCACCACCACCUCUUCAGGCGCAUCCAUGCGGCAGCUAACUCCCCCGCCGCCUCUGCAGCUCCCCGGCCCCUCGGGUUUCAGCUUCGCACCCUCUCCCUUCUGCUUCACGCCGCGGUGGGGCGCCGGAGCAGUUCGGGAGUUUAGCCGAGGCAGCAACGGAGGCGCCGGGAGCACCAGCAUCAGUUGCAGCAGCAGCAGCGGAGCAGGGUGUGGUGUACCCGAGGCCAAGUGGCCUCGACGCAGGCCUUCCGUUAGCGAGCAACGGCGGUGACAUGCAGCAGCUGCGUUUGCGGUUUGGUAAUAGUUCUGUUGUGGAAAACUUGUGCCGGCGGAGGCGCAUCAUACCGGUACCGUUGAUUAACAUAGAGAUGUACGCUAGGAUGUGGGAGGUAUGUUUCAUGCCCGUUUAAUGCCGAUGUCGUGAUGCUGGGAAAGCAGGCUAGAGUAGUAGGCAGCUGGAAUAACGGCUGUGGGUAAAAUGUACGGAACGUACGAUUGGCCGUACAUUGCACCGCGGUCUAGCGAUGAUGUACGGUGUACGAAAAAAGAGUGUGAUGUGAAAUCCUGAGUGAAAAGAAGUAGAACACAGCAUGUUGGUCGCUGUUACUACUUACUGUCUGUCUCAAUACGCAAUGUCUUGAGUGGUGUGCCCUGAUUGUUGUUUGUGUGCCCGGGUGCCUGUGAAAACGGAGUACGCGUGUAGAGGUACGGUAGGCAGGUCGCUGCUGCGAGUAGCUAGCCAGAAAGUUGAUGGUCUUGCGGGCACGAGCCGUCCCAGGAAGUAGGAACAGGAAGCUGAGCAGAGAAUACCCCGUUAGUGCCUGGCAGGAAAAGGACGGUCAAAAUGUGUGAUGUCCGAGGGUCUUUCGAGUGCUACAUCGAACAAUGGUUCUUAAAUCGGACCAAGCUCUGGCGUAAUAUCGCCGAAGCAGUUCACUCUCACGAGUCCCUUGCGUGCGUGCGGUCCAAGUAUCACC